GUUUGGACGACUGAACGCAGGCCAUUCCUCCCGCACUCAUUUCCAAUUUAAUCCCUGAACCUGAUUCCCGGGAAACAAACACCUCCAUUAUCCGCUUUUCCCUCCCUUUCGCUCCCCGGUUUCAACAUGGGAGGCGAUUCUAGCACCAAAAGCAGCAAAAGAAAGAAGCGUUUGGAUAACAGCAGUCCGUCAUCUGCAAGCUCCGACAGCGAAAGCCCGGUGCGGCGGAAGAGCCGCCACCGCCACCGCAGCGAAAGCCACCGUAGUCGCAGCAGUCGUCACGGGUCUAGAAGAAGGGAGAGUGAGGGCACAGAAAGAUCUCAGAAAAGGAAAUCCAGGAAAGACGAUAGAAAGGAGAGAAGGAAAAGGGAGCACCGAAAGAGGUCGAGGAGAGAGAGCAAACGGGAGGUCUCAGACAGCGACGGAUCUCGUUCAUCGGAUGGCGUUGACGGGGAUGAUUAUUCGGAGCCAGAGCUGAGGAAUCCAGAGUCGGUCAUUCGGGACAUUCUGAAACGGUUCCCUGGUGUUGCGGAUGAUUUGAAACAGCUUCUGCAAAUGAUUGAUGGUGGGCAGGCUGUUGAUACAAGGGGAAUGUCUGACGCAUCUUUGGUGAAAAUCCUGAAGAAACUUUUCCUGUCCUUAAACCUCAAACAAAAAGACACUGGAGUUUUCUUACUGCCGCCAAAAGCUUGUCCUACUUUGGAGAUUGUUGGGCCUGUAAUUUACUCACAUCUGAGACCCACAGAAAAUCAGUCUCCACUUCCCGAAUCACCGAAGGGAAUACCAUCUUUACCAUCAGAAGAAGAAUGUAGAAAAGCUACAGAUGAAGCUGGUGGUGGGCAAUCCACAAGACUUGAUGUGGGAGAUGACUCUUCUGUUUCCUGUAAAAAAAGGUUUAUUGGCCCUGCAAUGCCAUCGUCUGAGUUACUGGCUGCGGCAGCCAGGUUAACAGAAGCAGAGACUGUGCUAAGGGAAGCUGAGUUGGAGGUGGAUAAUGAUUUAUUCAUCGGCCCUCCGCCGCCUGCCGUGGUUGCAGAAGCCGAAUCAGCAAAUGAGGCUGAGCGCUUUGAAGAGGUGACACGCAUUAUCGGAGUUGAGGCGGACUGCCCUUAUGAUGUGGUUGGAGUGAAUCAUAAGAUGUCCAUUGAGAACAUUAAGAAAAAGUAUUGGAAGCUAUCUCUGAUGGUGCACCCAGACAAAUGCUCUCAUCCACAGGCACACCAAGCUUUUGUCAUACUGAAUAAAGCUUUUAAGGAGCUACAAGAUCCGGAAAAGAGAAAAGCUACUGAUGAGAAAAUUAGACUAAAGGAGGAGCAAGAGGAAUUUAUGGCCGAGCUAAAAGUACGUCGCGAAGCUGCACAUUGGAGACGAUUGCAAGGUUUAUCUAUGCUAGGUGAUGACGAGCUUCUGGCAGAGGCAGAGACAAAGCUGCCACCAAAAAGGGAUGAGUGGAUGACAACUCUCCCGCCUGAAAGAAAACCAGGUAUGAGUAUGCAGUCAACGUCAUUUAGUAGGAGCACCAAAGAAGGUCGUGGUGAUACUAGCGCUUGGACCGACAGCCCCCUUGAUAAAGCUCAGAAAGCAAAGAUGAGUUACUUAGAGGCCUAUAAUGAGGCCACAGCACUUGCCGCCGCUGCUGAUGAAAAGAAACAAACUUCGGAUGCUGAUUUGGUAGACAAAUACAACCGUUCGAAACGCUCAGUAUCACUAAUGCAGAAGCAUCAGGAAGAGAAGAGCAGCCGUUUGAAAAAAAAGAGCAAGCAGGCUGAGAAAGAAGAGUGGGAUGGCCAGCACCCAUGGAAGCCUUGGGACCGCGAGAAGGACUUGGAAGCUGGCCGACAGAAAGUCAACUUGGAUUCUGAGAACAUGGUACAGGGUCUGGCUUCAAGGUUUUCAUCCGGAAACAUACAGAGGAAUUUCUUGUGAGAUCUUGUCAAUUCCUUUUGGGUGGCCCCAACAUGGUAAUGAAUGAACUUUUGAAUUGCCUGACUCGAGAUUGGGUUGUUAGAACCUGAAAUGCUGCAGAGUUGAUCAUGGACGUCUUUCUUCUCAUCUAACAAGUGCUGGCAAUUGCACACAGCCUCGGGUAGCAUUGCUUAUAGGAACAUGUGACCUUGGAUGGCCUGCCUACGGUGUGAGUUUGAGAAGGGUUCAACUAUCAGCAUAUGAUAAGGUUUUGAUGCAUUCGAUAACAGGUGACCUCUCAAGAAUUCAGCCAUCAUCUUGUGAUCAAUUCUUUUUCUUUUUCCUUUUUUUCCCUGAUGUUGGUGGCAGUAGAGACAUUGAACAUGAAUUAUAUGUAAUUUCCAUGAUAACAGACAUAACCUUCUGUAAUAUUUUUGGUAGAUCAUAGAUGAUAAUGGGCAUGUUAUGGUGUUUUGAUUUCUGUAAGCUAGGACCAUUCUUUCUGCCUAACAGAGAUGGGUAAAAAUAUUUCAAUUUUUGGAAAGC